AUGGCGUCGCCGAAGGAGUUAGUGGCGUUAGUACAGUCUUCGCUACUCGGAACAUCCCGGCCAACUCCAACGCAGCGAAUCGAGCUCACUCAUGCCAUCCGCAGCUCCUUCUCCUCUUUUCAGAACCUCCUCUCUUUCCCGCCUCCAAAGCCGUCCGAUAGAGCUCAAGUUCAGUCCCGUGAGAUUCGUCUUCCCGAUUCGUUGCCAGUAUCUUUGGAUGACCAAGAUGUCGCUAUUAGCUUGAAAUUGAGUGAUGAGCUUCACCUAAACGAGAUAGAUUCUGUUCGUCUGCUUGUAUCUGCAAAUCAGGAGUGGGGCUUGAUGGGACGAGAUCCACUUGAGAUUCAACGGCUUGCAACUGGACUAUGGUACACAGGGAGAAGGGAUCUUACAUCAACGCUCUACACACUACUGAGGGCAGUUGUUCUGGACCAGGGGCUUGAACCUGACCUUAUAGCUGACGUUCAGGGACUCUUAGAAGAUCUGAUAGGAGCUGGGCUCAGACAACGGCUGAUCAAUCUUAUAAAGGAACUCAAUCGGGAGGAACCUUCUGGCUUGGGUGGGCCCUUAUGUGAGCGAUACCUUAUUGACUCAAGAGGUGCUCUUGUUGAACGAAGAGCAGUUGUUCAAAGGGAAAGACUGAUCCUGGGACAUUGCCUUGUCCUUUCAAUUUUGGUUGAGAGACCUGGUCCGAAAGAUGUGAAGGAUAUAUACAAUGUUUUAAAAGAUAAUGCAGCUCAAUUACCUCAAGGAAAUGACACCAUGAGCUAUCAGAUUACUUUUAGUCUUCUGUUUUCUCUCAUCAUCACGUUCAUAUCAGAUGCAAUCAGCGCACUAUCUGACAAGUCUUCUAUGAUAUCUCAAGAUGCCACGUUUAGGACUGAGUUUCAGGAUAUUGUCAUGGCUUCUGGCAGUGAUCUCACUACUGAUGGCUUCAUUGGUGGCAUAAGGCUUGCCUGGGCUGUGCAUUUAAUGUUGAUAUAUGAUGGUAUCUCUGGAAUGGAUCCAGUUUCCACUGCUUCAACAACGGAUAUGGGGCACAUAUGCUCCUGCCUCGAGUCCAUCUUUUCAAAAAACGUGUUUCAAUUUUUGCUGGAUAAUGUUCUUCGAACUGCUGCCUACCAGAAUGAUGAGGAGGACAUGAUCUACAUAUAUAACGCGUAUCUACACAAGUUAACUUCUUGCUUUUUAUCUCACCCGAUCGCAAGAGACAAGGUGAAGGAAUCAAAAGACAUGGCUAUGAGUGUUCUAAAUUCGUACCGAACUUGUGAUUCACUUGACGGCAGUAUGCAGACUGAAGAGGCUGACAGGCCACUGCCAUUUAUUUCCCUAAUGGAGUUUGUUAGCAAAAUCUAUCAG